AUGAACUGGAAGAAGGAACUGUGUACUAAUGGUGGUGUUUGUGCUGCUUGCGGCACCAAAAUUGGAACUCGGAAGCCCUCUCAACCUGAAAGAUCAAAGAGAAAUAAGGUAUGCUUGCUUGAGCUGGGGAGUAGAAAUUGGACGAUCAGAAAUGGUUUCAAAGAUUUAUCUGAUGAAGAAGGGGAGAAUGAUGGACUCCAGGGAGAUGGUACAGUGAAGUUAAAGGAGAAGAUUGCAGAGGAAAGGAAGCAUCGGACCGCGGCGGUUUCUGAACCAGAGAAGGAGAGGGUAGCAGCUUCAUCGGCUGCCGAAGAGGCCAUGGCCAAGAUUGCAAAGCUACAGAACGAGAAAGGACUGAUUGAGAGAGAAGCUCGGCUGUUCCGCGAAAUGGCAGAGCAGAAGCAGUCGUAUGAUGAUCUGGUGAUCGAAACUUUGCAUUGGAUCAUCAUGAAACUUGAGGCAGGGAGAUCAGCAGACAUAAUGAGAACCACAGUGUAG